UUCUGGGCGCGCGCCUGACGUCACAUCCGCUCGAGCUUCACAGCAGUCAAGAUGGCGGCCGCGUAUUUGCGCGGCGUCCUGCUGAUGCGCGUUUGCGGUCGUGCGCCCGUUUUGGGGAGUUCCGCGCAGCCGAGCGGUUCCGUUUGGGGUUCGUUCGGACCCCUUCGGGCUGCGCUUCGCAGGGUCAGCGGAGUCCAGGGGAACGCCGUCGUGACAUCACAGCUGUGGGCGGGAGAACCCGACGACGGCGCGGGACGACGAGGAGAUGGAUGGAAGAAGAUGGCGGCGACGGCGGCGGCGGCCUUCUGGCUGUCGGGCUCCUCGGAGGAGCCGGCGAGCGAAGAGGAGGAGCUGAUGACGCUUCUGAAGAAGGCCAAGCUCAGCAUCCGGAGGGGCGAGCUGGAGGAGGCGUCGUCCUUCUUGCACGCCGCCGCCGUCCUCGCGCAGCGGCGGCGCCACGUACCCGCCAUCAUCUACACCUACAGCCAGAUGGCCAACCUGGCGUACGUUCGAGGUCGUCUGUCUCAGGCGGAGAAGCUCUUCAAGGCGGCCAUGAGCUACAUGCUGGCGGAGGGGACGGCGCAGGACGACAACGCCUUUGUGGAGAUGUCGCUGAAGCUGGCCGCCAUGUACGCCCAGCAGAACAAGGCGGAGCUCGCCGAGCACGGCUUCAGGUUCUGCUUGGAGACCCUGGAGGUCAAAGUGCAAAAGCUCGAGGAGACGCCCGCUGAUCAGCUGACGGGUGAGCCCCACGGCGCCGCCACCGCCGCCGCGUUUGCCAGUUUGACGUCGCCGCGUGCUCGGCCAGAUGCCGACCAGCUUCUGAGGAAGGACACGCGUCUCCUGCUGGGUUUGUGUCUGGACUCGCGCGCUCGCUACCUGGCGUCCACGCGGCGACUGGCGCAGGCGGCCGACGACUACCGCAAAGCGCUGGACAUCUGCGCGCAGGAGCAGGGCCCGCAGCAUCACCAGACCCUGGUCCUCAUGAGCGAUCUGGCCACCAUCUUGGAUAUGCAGGGUCGCCACGACGACGCCCUGGCGCUGAUCCGUCAGGCGGCCGACGCGGCCCGGGCCUCGGGACACGAGGACCUUCACGUCCUCCUGGCCAACAUGGCCGCCGUCCUGCUGCACGCAGGUCGCCGCGACGACGGCCUGCGCCUGCUCCGCGAGGCUUUGGGGCUGGCGCGCCGAGCGGACGACCGGGAGGCCGUCCGGCACAUCCUGCGGAGUCUCCGGGGGGCCGAGGCGGGUCCCGACGGCGAGGGGGCGGAGCCGCGUUCCUCCUAG